AUGCAGAGUGUUGAUUCUAGCCCAGGAACAGAUGCAUUCUCCCUGAUCAACGCGAACCCUGAACUCAGCGAGACCAGCUACCCUGACCUCGACGCCAUAAGAAACAUGGCCCUACCUUUAGCAAACGACCGCCCAUCUUCUGAGACCCUCCCUCGUUUCAGAUCUACCAUCGUUGAUUGGGUCCAAGAACAGUCUCAGCACGAUCAACCCUCGAACGAUGCGACCGAGCUUCAACGCGCUCAUGUCGCCGGGGCUCCACCUUGUGCCAGCCAAGCAAAACAAGCUCUUGCUAAAACAGACGACCAUGCCUCUCGUCAAGAAGGCUGUCAGCCAGCGAAGAAGGUGUACGACAUUGCAACUCUGCUGAGGUUGAAAGAGACACAGCCCGCGGUGCCAGUUAUGUUGCGCGUUAAACCGGAGGCCAUCGCAGAGAACAUCUUCCAGUAUAUGGGAGCUGCAACGUCACGUCGACUACCAACACGCUCUCGGGGCCUGUCUGACGUCUCCAACAUCUCUUCUGGAGUCGCAGAAACUCACAGCCACACCGUUUACCCUGCAGGGAAAUCAAAGUACAUGCAUCAGCCAUUUCGUCAACCACAUGCUCCUCCAGAGACUUCUAUUUUACAGCGACACGAUGGUUUUGCGCGAUUCUUGAAGCAACACGCUUCUCCUCCACACCAUCGAGUGACAGCGGGAGGUCGCAUCGUUCCAGCUGGUCCCUCCUCGCCGCCACCGAUGCUAGAUUUUGGCUCGCUCAACGGGCUUCUUCGAGACGGUCCAGCAACGGCAAGAUCUUCUCAAAAGGAAAGCCGCUCGACUCAAUCAAACACUCGUACACAGAACCCACAAGCAAUAUCCUCCAUGACGUUAGGUGACUAUUUGCAAAGCCAGGGCGGCAGUGUCGGUGGUAUGAGCCUUCAGCAUGCACCUCAGACUACCUCAACGCAAACAGCCAUUCCCUUCAACGAUUUGCCAUUCGGGUACCAAUCUUUCAUGGGUCCAGCAAUGCAAGCGCAAGCUCCUAUGGUACCCAUGGUGAUGUUUCCGGACGGUAGCACCCUUGUCUCUUAUAAUGGUGUGAACUAUCGCGCAUCUUGGAACGGGGUCAGCACGAGUAUGGAGCCAUUGCAGCCUUUUCACCUACCUGUUGAUCAGCAGUACUAUCCCCAAGCCAAUCUACAAGGAUAUCUCAACAACUCUCACUACAAUUUUGCUCCUCAGCCCUCACAGGCUUCAGCUCCGUCCAUACCCCUGGCGAGCGCUACCAAUGUUGCUCGGCCAGACAUGUCAAAGAGUGACGUACCUUUUCACCAGAGACAGAACGGUGACGAGCUAAGCUUGAAGACCGAACUCACAAACCUCGAUAAGUAUCUUGCUUUAUACCACUAUGAUAUAACGCCAGCGGAGCGAGCCUCUUUGAUAGCACAGCGGAGACGUCUAGUGGAAGAGAUUGAUAGGAUCCGUCUCAGUAAAGAGAAACCAAAGCAUAGCAUACCAAUCAUUACGCCUGCUGCCACUGGACUGCCAGUCACACCUGCUGCGCAAGUCGUUCCUGGUCCCACUGACUUGCGCGAGGCAGUCCAAAAUGACCGAGUGGCGAAAGGAGGCACCAUCAGCAAGCAUCUUUCGCCUGCUGCGCCUGCUUUCGUUCCAAGGAAUACUUCAAAUCUACCUUCUGCCAGUUUCGGCAAGCGUACUGAAAGCCAGCAGGUCAAGCACCAACAGUUUGGCAUACGAGCAGCAUUUGGAGGUAUUGAUCCAGCACCCAAGACCCAGAACAAUGCGAACUCUUCUACUUGGGCGAGUCAUUCUGAUCAAAAGGUCUCAUUUCCGAAGACUCGAACGGUAUCGCAUAUCGAGGAGUCGUCGUCCUCCAGUGUGUUGGACCCGUCAGACCCCGCAAUGCGUGUCAUAGACUAUGAAGACAUCGAGUACGCUGCUAGGUACCUGUACAAUUGGACCAAAGACAGUAGGACCUAUUGCACCACCGUUGCCGAGUUUCAAGAGGCCGUUCGUCGGGUUCGCGAGCAGGCGAGGCUGUAUGGAUGCGCUGGUGGUCAAAGCAAAGACCCCGCCUACGACGCUGAACAGGACCUCUGGUGGGCCAUCUGCGAUCGUGACCCUAUCCCUUUGCCUUCCGAAGUCCCAGAUCAUGUCGGCAACCCUCGCCCAUGGAAUUGGAAUGACAGUGCCUUCAACUACCGUCGUCAAGGAGCCAACAAUAUUCCAGGGCCGGAAUGCGAGCAUGCGCGCAACUCGCCCCGCAUUUUUGGUUGGGAUCCUGCUACGACUGACAGCAUGAAAGAUGUCAUAGACGUAUCCCGUUCAUACUUUGCAUUCAAAGGCCAAUUACCAUCCGUAUCUUUCCGCGAUUUUGCCUACGACCGUGACAGCAACAAGAGACUGAUACAGUCUGAUAUCGCAGCACCUAAAGCUCAUUCCAAGAUCCCAAGAAAACCGGCUUAUCGGAGUUAUUCACCAAUUGCAAGCUCGAAGCGUGAGGAACUGAGGCAUAGCUUUGACUCGAGCGCGCUCGAAGAAAUGAGCACAAGCGAGCUUAACAUUCAGCACACAGGAUCUGCCUGGAACGUUCAGCUCAAGCCUGGCGACGAGGUGAAGGUUCCCGAAGCGCCUUCGCUACCACAAGGAGUUCCCCGUACGCCUGAGCAUAAGCGCAUUCAGCGGCCAUUCGAAGCGAGCAACAUCCAUUCUACUGCGCAAGCAUCAAAGCCACAUCUAUCCACUGGACAUAGAACCACCAUAUCUAAGAAUUUCGAGACAGUUCACAAUCCUCGUCAGGCUUACAUUGAAGACUACCCGGAGACUCCAGUGGCAGGAAGUACCCGUUCAUCCUACAAAGGAGCUGGAACUAUUCAGAUGAACACCGCGCCUCGCAAAGUUUACAUGGGUCCAAACCUGCUGGGCAAUGAUGACACACGUACUGGAUCUCCUAUGCCAGCCUAUGCUUGGGAUUCUACCCUGUUCCCUGGUUCAAGCCGGAAACCAACAGAAGAGGAGUUGAAUAGCAUAUGGUACCACACUCCACUGGAUGAGGUAACCCAGAAGUACUUGGACGAUAUGAAAGCGUACAAUACUUUCAAGAACAAGCAAGCUGAUGCCGACAAUCACGAUAUCGAUGCCGCAAAAGGCCACCGUCAAACCUCGGAUUCGUCGGAGCCAGUGACCGAGUCAAAGAGUCCGUGGGGCCCCGAAGAAGGUACCACACCCACGACUCCUAGCAAUUCAAUUCGAUUUCAAUCGCUGCAAACGCAAGCGAGGACGAAGGAGCAUGGAGUUCCCAAGACGGCGAAGGUGAACAUUCCUAGCGCGAGCACCAUCCGAGCACCAAUCCCGCGUCUCAACGGCAACUAUCCCUUUUCUACGGGCUUCAAUGCGCAUAAUGCCCUGGACUCUCGUGAAGUCAAUGCUGUUAACGUCCCAAGCGUUGGGAGCAGCGACUCCCACCAAUUCCUCCGCAAGAUGCUCAAGAGUCCCCGCUACUCGUCUGCCCAACCUAUGAGCAUCCUCAGCCAGAUAAGCUCAACGCUGGCAGACAAAAUGAACGGGAAUAAGCGGGCUCAAGCGAAAGGGGUGGAACAGCUGUCUGAAAACAAGGGAAACAAUGCUUCCAACGAUGGUGGCAUCGGCAACGGUCUUUAUGCAACAAUUCACCCUUCAAGCUCUGCUUCACUUGCUAGAACGAACCCAGAUCUUGCCGUCGGCAAAGCUCAGUCAUCUUUGGCUUCCGCCACAUACCAAGCGCAUGGCUAUCUCCCUCAAUUUGACGGCGCUGGGAAGGCUCACACAUCGUCAUUGUAUCGUGAACAGGGCAUCCAACCCCUUCCUCAAGUGCGUCUACCGUCAGAGGCUUUGUACAGCGAUAGGCAGCAUACCGCUGAGACUUCAAGCCAUCAGAACCAUGGUCCUAGCGCUUACACUGCCUCAACGACAUAUCACAAUUCAGUGAAUUUUGGAUACGACGGUGGUAGAGACUCGCCUCCAGCCAAGACUACGAACGCCCCAAAAGAUCAGCAUUCUACGCAUCCAGCGUUCAAUUACAUGGGUCUUACCCUGGCCGACUAUGAUAACCAGCGUGGGGACACCAACAACGCUUGGCAUCAUGGGGCUGUCGAGGACUUCUUCCAGGAUCUACGUGAACAAGAACUCAAGACCAUUGCGUCUCACCAACGCGUCAACACUCAGAGUGCCGCUUGA